AGACCCGGUGAGCGCGGGAACCCUGGCAUGGAAGGGUGAGAGCUGCGAACGCCCACGCCAAACCUAACGGCCUGUGAGUACAGGACAGAGUGUGGGACGGACUGAUUGAAGUAUGGGACGACUGACGGAAUGUAAGUCUGACAAACCAAAAGUGGGACUGGCCGACCGGUUGUAGGUACUCAACAGGUUGUGCUACAUCUAAUGCGUCGUGGCCUUGUAUAUCACGUCUAGUGACUGAUGAAGCGACUGACAGAAAUAGCUUUUCAAUGGACUUUGAGAUGGGUUUGUGACUGAGUUCAGCCAUGAGUGAAAGAAAUUCUGUGUCUGAUUAAAAUGCUGACUAAUAUGGUCUUCCUGCCUCUGCCUUCCAAGCACUGGAAUUACUGGGUUUAAACCACCACGCCAAACAUUUCAGCCGCUUUAUUUACUUAUUUUUAUUUUAUAUGCGUUAGUGUUUUGCCUGCAUGUAUGUCUGGGAGGGUGUCAGAUCUUGGAAUUAGGACAGCUGUGAGCUGCUGUGUGGGUGCUGGGAAUUGAACCUGGGUCCUCUGGAAGAACAUCAAUGCUCUUACCCGCCAAGCCAUCCCUUCAGCCCCUUGAGCUGCUUUAAUUCCACCAUAAAACAUAUAUAUAUUAAUUGAGCCAAGCAUGGUAGCUCAUAUUCUUUUCGAAGCCAGUCUCGUCUAUGUAUCAAGUUCCAGGCUAGCCUGAACUUCAUAAUAAACCCCUGUAUCCUGGUUGGUUUGGUUUGGUUGUUUGUUUACAGCUUAAUGAAAGCUAAGAGUUAUCUGGGAAGAGGAACCUCAACUAAGAAAACGCCUCCAAGAGAUGACUUGUAGGCAAGUCUAUAAGGGCAUUUUCUUUCUUUUUUUUUUAAGAUUUAUUUAUGUAUUAUAUAUAAGUACACUGUAGCUGUCUUCAGACACAGCAGAAGAGGGCAUCAGAUCUCAUUACAGAUGGUUGUGAGCCACCAUGUGGUUGCUGGGAUUUGAACUCAGGACCUCCGGAAGAGCAGUCAGUGCUCUUAACCACUGAGCCAUCUCUCCAGCCCCCUAUAAGGGCAUUUUCUUGAUUAAUGAUUGAUUGACAUGGGAGGACCCAGCCCAGGUGCCACCCCUGAGUAGGUGAUCCUGGGUUAUAUAAGAAAACAGACUGAGCAAGCCUUGGGGAGCAAGCUUUCCACCAUGACCUCUGCUUCAGUUUUCGCAGCCAGGUUCCCACCUUAAUACCAAGACUUCCUUCAAAAAUGGACUGUAAUUUGUGAGGAAAAUAGCCCCUUUUCUCCCCAAGUUGCUUUUGUCCAAUGUUUUAUCAUAGCAAGAGGAGGUGCAAACCAGGACAGCCCUGUCUCAAGAUACACACACACACACACACACACACACACACACACACACACAUAUACGAGUGUGUGUGUUUAAUAUAUAUCAAUUUAUAUUAAUAUAUAUUAUUUGCUGGUUUUAUCUUGACUUAAUUCUUUAAAAUAUUUCUUCUGGACUAUUAGUUUGUACUUGGGAUUUUACUGCAAUAUCAGAGAUAAUAUGGACAUUUCUGGUAUAUACUUGCGUGUUAUGAUGACUAAGGGAGGGUUUGCUGCUAUGCUAUAAUAGGAGCAGAGUGGUGAAGUCCUGCACUAUAGUACCAAACCUCUGAAGGAAGUGUCCCUUUCUAUAUGUUAGUAGCUUCCGUAUCCAGAAAUGGGGAUUGAUUCUGAAGCAAACUAAUAUUGAAGUCAGAAAGCAAGAGGAUUGUGAGUUCUGUUUAAGGAGAGCUGGUCUUAAAGUGAAAUGUAGUAUUGAGCCAAAACACAUGACCAUUUUAAAGCUCUUUGUGUGUGCAUGUGUGUGUGUAUGUGUGUGUGUGUGUGUGUGUGUGUACAGAAAAGCUAUGGCAUGUGUUUCAAGGUUGGGAUAAUUUAAAGGAGUUGGUUCUGUCCUUUGACCAUAUGGUCUUAGGGGUUGAAUUUAGGUUGUCGGGCUUGGCAGCAAGCACCUUUACUUGCCAAGCCAUCUCACCAACCCAUAAGGGCAUUUUAGCUGACUGUCCGCACUAGAAAUGCAUGAAGUGAGUUCUCAUCAGCCCCAAGCAGCAUUUGUUGUUCACUGUUCUGCAGUUUGGAAAGGCUGAAAGUCAUCCCCAUAAAGAAAAGACUGGAGGACAUCCGGUACAUGAAGUCCAAGACCAGCUCUCCACCUACUGACAAAAAAUAACCCUAGAAGCUAAUUCAUCCCCCCGCUCCGAUCCCCCGGCUUUUAAAAUAGAAACAGUAAUAUUGACUCAUAGAGUAUCAUGUGUUAACAGACACAAGAGGCUAGGGUCACCUAGCACAUAGUUAGUUCCCAGGGCUUGUCCUCAUUUUCUCCUAAUUCCUGUCCCACGUACUUGUUAUUUUAGCAACCUGCCCAUAUCCUUCUAGUAAAAGCACUGAGCAUGGGCCCCGGGUCUUCCAUAUCUUGGCAUCCUAGCAGAGCUGGGUACCAAGAAGAUACUCAAUGAAGAUUUAUUAAGCAAAACUGGUAUUUACGUAUGUAUAGACAAUAAGGUAAACUGAAGACUUUUUAUAUGUUUAGUUCAUCUCUCUGCCCCUUCCUUUUUGUGGAACAAGCAAUGGCUUGCUAGGUAGCUCACACAGUCUUCAAAUCCUGCUUCAUCCUCCCGAGUGCUGGGAUUGGAGUCAUGUGUCAAAAUGCCUGGACUGAAAAGCCCCUGACUCUCCCGCCUGCCCUCUUGCUCUUUGCCCUUGCUCCCUUACCUUCUUCUCUUACAUAAUCACUGCUCACCUGUCCUGCAGUGAUAUGCAUCAGGCGUGCCUACGGCUAGAAGCUGCCUUCCUCUGAGGCGUAUAGUACGCAAACUCUUAAGUACACACAAACGAACUGGUUACCUUCACAUUGUGGUAACCUGAAAAGAUGCAACCUAAAGAAGGGUUUACUGUGCCUUAUGGUUUGAGGGUACAGGCUCUGCCCCAGUUACCUGGCAAGAGCUAGGUGUGCCUGACUCACUAUAAAAGAGGCUGCUUGCCCCCUCCUGUCUCUCUUGAUCUUGCUCUCUUCUCUUACUCCUGCCCUUAUCCUCUUCCCCCUUUCCCCAUUUCCCUCCUACCUCUCCAUGUGCUCAUGGCCCCUCUUUUCUCUCUCUCUCUUCUCUCUCUCCCUUCUCUCUUCUCACUUCUCUCUCUCUCCCUCCCUCCCUCUCUCUGCCUUUCAACUCCCCUCCCCAUGCCCCUGAAUGAACUCUAUUCUAUACUUAAAAAAAAAAAAAAACCCACAGUGACACAGUGAGAGCAGAUGGAUAAUAAAUAGACAAUCAUGUAAUUGUGCCAUAUGUCAAGUGGUGAAGAGCAAUAAGAAAUAAAGCAGAGUAGAGGGCAGAACCCCUGCAGAAUUAUCUUUUUGUAUAGAGACCUGAUUUAAGGAAGGGAAAGAAUGUCCAGGAUUUAAGGGAAAAAAAACAGCAUUAUUGAGAUCCACAUGAUCAUAAAACCCACCAUUCAUUCAUUCACUGUUGAAAAAGAAAAGUCUUGCUCUGUAGCACAGGAUAGCCUUGAACUUUCAAUCUUCCUGACCUAGCCUGCUGAGUUGUAAGAUUAUAGGUAUGUGUCCCUAUAGAAAGAACCACAACAGAAAUUAGAAAAUAUUUUAAACUAACUGAUAAUGAAGUUCGGUAUGAUAGUACUUGCUUAUAAUCCCAGUACCAGAAUUUCCGUAAGGCCAUCAUGGCCUAUAUAAAAGAUCCUGACUCAAAAUAAAAUAAAAAUGUAGAUAGAACUUAUCAAAAUAGUGACAACUAGAGCUACUUAGAAUAAAAUGUAUAGCUUUAAACACACGCACUUUAUUUUAGACUUUUAUAUUUAUUAAUUAUGUGUACAUACACCACAGCAUCAAUCAUUCUUCUCCUUCCACUCUGCAGGUCCUAGGUAUGAAACAUUUGUCCUAAGACUUGGUGGCAAGCCAUGACAAGCCAUCUUGCUGGCCCAAAUACAUUUGUAAAGAAGCAAGGUAGUCAGAUGGUGAUGAAGCUCUAACAUUUCUUCAGACCCAAUUCUGAGACUUGAGUCAUCCCUGUGACUCACUGAAUUCUUCUGCCCAAUGGCCAUCCCCAAGAGCUCUCUGAGCCCAGUACUCUGGGAACAGGAUAGCUUCCUGCAGGUGAAGGUGAAAGAGGAAGAAGCUAGCGACUCUCAGAGCCAGGAAUCCAGCCCUAGCUUUACUGCCCACCCUGAGGCUGCACGCUUGCGCUUCAGGCACUUCCGGUAUGAGGAGGCAUCCAGCCCCCAUCAGGCGCUAGCCCAACUGCGAGAGCUAUGCUGCCAGUGGCUGAGGCCAGAGUCGUCCUCCAAAGAACAGAUGCUGGAGUUGCUGGUGCUGGAACAGUUCCUGGGUGCGCUGCCCCCUGAGAUCCAGGCCUGGGUGGGUGCUCAGUGCCCAAAGAGUGGAAAGGAGGCCGCCGUUCUGGUGGAGGAUAUGACUCAACUGCUGGACAGGAGAGGAUGGGAGCCAGGAAUGGACCGUGAAGAGGCAAGUUGCAAACAGAGCAAUACAGAUGAAUUGGAGCCACCAGAAAUGGCCACUGAAACCAUCAUGGGAAGUGUUUCCCCAGAGUCUACCCUUGCCCAGACUUGUAAACCUGAGAACAGCUCAGAGAGCCAGCCAGAGCUCCUAGGAGCACUCUGGGUGAAGUCUACUGCCCAAGAGGUGGAUUUAAAAAAAGCUCUGGAGCCUCGCAUGGAUGCCCCCAAUGACCAGCCUGACCAUGAGUCUGAUGCCUCAGGAAACGAUUGCAGUAUGUUGCCCAAAUUCCCUUCUGAAGACAAGACUUCUUCAGAGGAGAAAUGUGGCCCGUUACUUGAUAAUGAGACAGUGCCUCUAGACACAUGUUCAGAGAAGAAGUCCUCCAAGGAUAGUGAAUGUAUGAGAACACUCCAGAACACGUCAGCCCAAGAGACCCACCAGAAGAACCACUCUCAGAAGACACCCUAUACCUGUAUUGAAUGUGGGAAGGUAUUCAGUCGGAGCACCCACCUUGUCCAACACCAGGUUGUUCACACAGGAGCAAAGCCCCAUGCAUGUAAAGAGUGUGGUAAAGCCUUCAGUCGAGUUGCCCACCUGACCCAGCACCAGAGGAUUCAUACUGGGGAGAAACCUUAUAAAUGUGAAGAAUGUGGAAAAACCUUCAGCCGCAGCACCCACCUCACGCAGCAUCAGCGGGUACACACAGGCGAGCGGCCCUACGAGUGUGAUACAUGCGGCAAAGCCUUUAGCCAGAGCACCCACCUGACACAGCACCAGCGUAUCCACACUGGAGAGAAGCCCUACAGGUGUGAAGUGUGUGGGAAAGCCUUCAGUGACUGUUCAGCUCUGGUCCGGCACCUGAGAGUCCACUCCGGAGAGAAGCCUUAUCGGUGUAAGGACUGCCCCAAGGCCUUCGCACAAAGCUCCUCCCUCAUUGAGCACCAGCGCACUCACACGGGUGAAAAGCCUUAUAAAUGCAGUGACUGUGGGAAAGCUUUUAGCCGCAGCUCAGCUCUCAUGAUGCACCUAAAGCUCCACAUCACCGUGUCUCGAAGCACCCCUUAGAGUACAGCACAGCCCCCUGAGAGGUUUGACAUCUAAGAAACCCUGAAUUCCACAAGAGCCAAAACCACCAUGGGCUGACAGUUGUGCUACCUAGUGUCUAAGGACAGAGUGGGGCUAUCUGGGAACACCUCUACAUUUGAGGUCCCAGGGGAAGUCCCCUAAUGAACACAGAUUCAGACCAAUUGGUGAAGCUUCCUACUGCCCUCCAUAUCCCACUCAGGCUGGUCCCAGAGAGAAGAUACUAGUGAACUAAUGAUCUGCAUUGUUUCUUGGAACCAGAUCAAGUAAAGCCAGGUGUCUUUCCAGGCUCAGAUGGCCCAAGAUCCUCUAGGCAGGAAGACCCAAGCUUCAGGUUCUCACAUGGCUACUGUUCUUGCCAGUUCAUUUGAUGGUCAGCCUAGAAUGGCCCACUCUGUGCCUUCAUACCUGCUUCCCCACUGUAUUACUUUAUGACUGACUCCAAGACAGACUUGUGAGGGUACCUCUCCAGGCCAUCCCUCUCAUGUUCUCCCUGCUUUAAUCCAUAGUGAUGCUUAACACUUGCCCAGCAUCUGUCUUUUCCUCCUACGUCUCCCUUCCACAUCUCACAGGCUCCAGCCCUGUGGAUUCACCUCAGGCUCAUCUCUAACCUAGCCACUCCUCCAGCAUCAUCUCCUGUGACCUUACCCUGCCUCCCAUUGGAUUUUUAUCAGGGUUCUCCUUUCUCACCUCUUUAUUCCUGGUCCAUCUCUUUUUGCUACCCAGAUCACAGUGAGUCAUUCCAUGACAUAAUAUGUUGUCAGUGAGUCACCUCUUCAACAAACAAGCAUGCCGGGAUACGUGUCACUUUGACCCAAGCAAUUACUCUAGUUAUCCUCAAAUGUGUGUAUAAAUGUUGUCAUAUGUCUUUGAGCACAGUGUGUGAAAGUGAUUUCAAAGUACUGGUCUGCCUAUUGGGCAAACUACUCCUUGUCUGUUGUCUUCUGUUUGCUCUAGUCCUGGCCUCCUCUUGCCUCUUCCACUCCUUGUAGCCUCACCUCCCACAUGCCGGCCAUACUUUCUCCCACCUGUGUGCCUUUCUAUCUGCCCCUGGAAUCCUGAGGCCUUUCCUCUUUGAUGUCUCAGACACCAUUGAAAAGCUUCCCCAAACACUUUGACCUGACCUUAUCUUGCCUGAGACUCUCUUGCUGCUAGGGUACCCCAUUAUUAAUGUCUUAAACCUCUUACUAUGUUAUUGUGCUUGUACUUCUUACACAAUGCAUAGGCCAGCGCUCCCAAAGUAUUUUAUACUGUGGACAUGGAGCAUAAGAUGCAGCAAAACCCCUUCCCGAUGUCUCUAGGAUGUGUAUAAUCAAUACCUUCCUUGGGUAGUCACUGUCCUCCACCCCAUGUUUUCUUCAUAAAGACAUUUAUGGAAGAGCCCCUGUGCCCAUAUAAGUCCAUCUGUAAUGGUCAAAAUAAAACAUGGCUUUACUGAGCCUUCCUUGCCUCCAGUCCUAAAGUCCUGGGUACCAUAGACUUAAGGGACUCUGCCAAUCCUAAAAUCAUAACCUGUUUACUUUGCCUGCCUUCCUUUCCCUCAGAAAGAUAAUCCCCUGGCUCCUGUACCUCCUGACUAAUAUGGGUGAUUUCACAAGGUUCUCAGUCAUGGAUCUACAUAAGCUACUGUAUCUACAUCCAUUAGCAUAAUACAUUGUUUUCCUGAA